GUUGUUUUCUUGCGCUUCCAGGGGGAGGAGAACGCUCACCGGUAGCUACAGCGUUCGUGACAUCACUCGUCGCCAUUGGGAUAGACAAAGCGGCGGCGAGCAGCAGCGAAGGAUGCCGAGUCCUACACCGGGACCACCACCGGCAAAAAUGUUCCCUUUUCCUAUUUUGCACCUAAAAUUACCGAUCGUCCUGCAUUAGGCUAACACCCGGUUCAGCCAUUUUGAUGAAGCCGAAAAAGACCAGAGCGCGGAAGCAGGUGGCGAUUCAGAGGGAGAAUGUACUGGGGUGUUGGCUUCGCCUCCUCCCGGUCAUGUGUGGUUGAUCUUGGCCGGAAUCAGAGCUUCUCCUUCGGGCUCUGUGGCUCCAAUGAGCACUACUCCUUUUAUGGGUACAUUGUCGCCUUCCCUCUGCAGGACUACGGCGGGAUCAUGUCGGGUCUCGGGUCCGACUCCUGGUGGAAGAAAACCCUCUAUCUGACCGGUGGGGCUCUGCUCGCCGCCGCUGCCUAUCUACUGCACGAACUGCUAGCUAUCAGGAAAGAGCAGGAGAUGGACUCCAAAGAUGCUAUCAUUCUUCACCAGUUCUCUCGGCCCAAAAGUGGGGUUCCCAGCCUCUCCCCUUUCUGUUUGAAGUUGGAGACCUACCUGCGCAUGGUUGACCUACCCUACCAGAAUUACUUUGAUGGGAAGCUGUCUCCGCAGGGCAAGAUGCCCUGGAUCGAGUACAACAAUGAGCAGGUGUCCGGGACGGAGUUCAUCAUCGACUUCCUGGAGGAGAAGCUGGGAGUCAACCUCAACAAGAGCCUGAGUCCACAGGAGAAGGCUGUGUCCCGCGCCGUCACCAAGAUGGUGGAGGAGCACUUCUACUGGACCAUAGCGUACUGUCAGUGGGUGGAUAACCUGGAGGAGACUCAGAAGAUGCUGGCGGUGAGCGGGCCCCUGAGUGACCUUCUCAAGUGGAUCCUGAGUCACCUGACCGGCGGCAUCGUGAAGCGCGAGAUGUACGGUCACGGCAUCGGACGCUUCUCCAAGGAGGAGGUGUACGCCCUGAUGGAGAAAGACAUGCGGACGCUGGCCACCCUGCUGGGUGAUAAGAAGUAUAUCAUGGGUCCGAAGAUGUCGACUGUGGACGCCACAGUGUUCGGUCACCUUGCCCAGGCCAUGUGGACGCUGCCAGGCACCCGGCCUGAACAGCUCAUCAAAGGUGAGCUGAUCAACCUGGCCAUGUACUGCGAGCGGAUCCGCAGGAAAUUCUGGCCCGAGUGGUACGUGGACAUCGACGACUUCUACUACGACGGCUCGAGCGAGAGCAGCGGCACGCCGUCGCGCCCGCUGGAGUUCGGCCUGUACUCGCGGACGGAGACGUUCGAGGAGGACGCGACGGGGAACAGCCUCUCGUACUCGCGCACGCCGGACUCCGAGUGCACCGCGCACUCGCUGAUGGACUCCGACCUGGACAUGGAGGGCUCCGACCCGGAGUCGCUCAAGUGUUAACCCCUCAGCGGCACCCCCAGCGCCCCCCCCCUGCACACCGGGGAAGAGGAAGGAGAGCGCGCGCCUCGGUGGGCGUGCCCGGGCGUGACGUCGUCGCGGGGCGUGGCCCCUUGCCGCAGCACCGCGUGCGCGCCCUUCCAUCCGCACGCGCCCCAUCUCUCCACAGAUACCAACGUUACAAAUAUUAUAUUAAUAUACUACUGCAGAGGAAGUGUGGAGAUGUACAAUAUGGAUCCUCAUCAGAAUACAGCUGUGAAAUAAUUCCUCUGCUUAAUAUAUUGAUGUUGUAAUGAAAUGCGUAAAGGCAGUGAAAAUGUGGAUGAAAGGCGGCUGUGUAUGAUCAGGCUCACAGACGGGCUCAGUGGUUUGAUUCCUGUAACUUCACUCUUCUGCCCAUCAGUCCACUCUCGACAUUCCCUGUAGGGGCUGAUUGACAUGUGUCUCUCCCAUCAUCCCUUCAGCUACAGGACUGUGCGAACAGGACUGAGAGAGCGCUACGUUUCGCUAGUCAGCACUAAUAAUACACGUGUUCUAAAAAGUGACUAAAUAAUGACCCGACAGCUCUUUUUAAUAGUCAUUUUGAAAUGAAAGGAGGAAGAUAAUAUCCUGAAGAAGAUUCUUCACUUGUAGGGUGUGAAGCCUUCUGACAGAAACAGUUUGUGUGUGUCAGUGUUUGCAAUGGCUUGUAAUUCUCUGAGGCCAGAGUGGUGUUCUUUAGGAUCUUGCACGAGGCCAGGUCUGAAGAAUCGCACAAAUAUGUGGCAGAGCAAAGCACACUGGCCUUUUUUAAAAAAAAAGCAAAAACAUUUUUUCAAAUAUUUUUUUUUUUGGACAAGUGAUUAGCUAACAAAUAAUCUUUGUUAGCUAAUGGUGUCAUGAUUGAGUCGAAUGCGAUCCGGAGCGGUUCAGAAGUCCUGCAGCUCAGAGAGAGUUUAUCACAGCGCCGCUGGUUCCACACAGAAUCUCUCAGACUCAGUGAGAAGAACAGCCACACAGCGGUAGCUGAUUCCUACAGAACUCUGCAGAGGACAGGGGCCAUGAGGAUUAUUUGCCUGCUGUCUGAGACUUCCCCACCCGACCUUCUAAAUAACCUGGUUCGAUGUGCGUCCUACUUAUUCCCGACAGAGAAGCUAUGUUAAAAUCAUUCGUUAUUGAGUUUCAAUCACCUGACUGCAUAAAGGUCCACUGUGUUGUCAUUAGUAUGCAGAAGCUGCAAUAUGGUGCAGCAGAACAGUUGAUCCUUUCGCCAUGGAAACAACGGAGCUGUGUCUGGAAGCAGUCGGAGCUCGGCAUCACUCAGCUUCCCGCUUCUGCCCUGCAGAAGCAAGAAAGCUCUCUGGAGCAUGAGCGCUAGCCUUAAUUAAAACUACCGUAAAUGAGAACCUGAAAUGUGAAGAAAUGAUGGCUAUUCAAAGAAACCCCCUGCAGUGCUUUGAUUGCUCCUUCUGGGAGGGAUUCGGUGGUCUGAUCUCAUGAAUAAUAAGAGUACCUGCAAUUCCAGUUCCUGAUCAGGCUGCCAGUGGCAGAAUCAGCACACUGCGGAGGUCCCUGUCCGUGUGCUGAGGACUUGCGCUGUUUUCCAGCUUCAGCUCAUGUGCUCCUGCAGAUUAACCUUGUUUCUAACGGUAACAGACCCGUGAUGCGUCUGCUGCCCCAACGGUGAGCGGCUGUAUUCACUUUAAUGGUCGACUGUGCGGCGACAUUAUCGGUGUGCGGUGUGGCUGUAUAAACCCUCUCUGUAGCUGUCUGAGUGUACAGUGUGGCUUUACAAACCCUCUGUGGCUGUGUGUCCAAAACAGUGAGAUAUCUUCCCAGCAUGAGACCAGCCAACUUCACUCGCAUGUGUUUGCCUUAGAUCAGAAAUCGCUGAGAUGACUCUAUGGACCGCCUUAUGAUUAUGAUUUGUGUUUACGUUAUGCCUGAGCCAGUACUUUAUGCUAUUUUAAAUUAAUUGUUCAUCUUCCGUUGAUAAAAUUAUUGUUGAAUUAUUUUUGACAAAUGAAAUGAACUUCAAAAACAGAUGUUUUUUUUCCUAAUGCAUUUUUCCAGCCAUUAACCAACAGAGUGAGACUCGGUGUGUUUUCUUCCAGUGCUAAGAACGCCUGACCGCACGUGCUCUCUGCACACCAGUAUGCAAGUAGAAGGAGCUACCGCCUCUGAAACAUUCGCCACCGCUCAGAAACAACCAAAUAAACGAGGAGAAGAGUGUGUGCUAGACUGUGCCAGAGCAGGAUUCACACCCCUCCCCUCACUUUCCAGUGUGUGCAUGUUUAAGGGGGAGGGCCACCAUUGUCUGUCCGUGUCUGUCUCUCUGUCUGUCUGUGUAAUCAUGGUCCUUAGCUUAGCUAGGUUUUCCUGACUGAGAGAGGCAGCGGGGUGAGUAUUGCCCUCAUGCAGCCAUCUCUGAGUAAAGGCUGAAGCAUGAGUAAAGAGCAGAACCGCAUGAACCAGACCUGGUCCACUUACACACAGGCACUCGAAAAGUUGCAAACUAGCGUUUAAACGUGAGCACCCAGUAGCGUGGCCGUUUCAAUGUUUGUGGUCCCCAUCGUGAAAGUGACCCAAAGCAGCGAGAGGUAAAUGGAAAACUAAAAUGGAAAGAUUUUGUGUUAUCAUACCUCAUAACUUGGCUUUGUUCUGUCUGGGCUGUGCUGUGGAAAUCUGCUGAGGAGGGUAUUCUGGAGUGUCCUUUUGCUCACACCUGACAAAAAUGGCAGUCUGGGUCCAGAGAGGGACCCCACUGUGUCAUUUCCUUGUACAAAUCAGUACCACUAGUUUAUGAAGCCAUAUUACAGAAUCAAUGUUGUGUAUGUUUAGACAGUUGUGGACUAUACUGGGUAAUGUACAUAGGAGUGUAAAACUGUACAUGAACAAAAUCACUGUAAGAUACCAUGUACUAAUUGACUUCCUAUGAAUGUACCAUAACCAGAGAUGAGUGGCUGUAUGGAAAUGAUUACUCUAUGAUACUAACUAAUAUUUAAUUAAAUAUAGCUGUUAUAAUUUUA